AUGACCAAGUUGCAGGAAGCGGUGACGUUCAAGGAUGUGGCUGUGGUCUUCAGUGAGGAGGAGCUGGGGUUGCUGGACUCCACCCAGAGGACGCUGUACCGAGAAGUGAUGCUGGAGACCUUCCGGAACCUGCUCUCCGUGGGGCAUCCGCCCUUCAAACCAGACUUAAUCUCCCAGUUGGAAAGAGAAGGAAAGAUUUUGACGAUGGUGACAGAAGCCCAAAGAGAUGGGUGUUCAGAAAAACGCUACAGCUGCCAUGAUUGUGGCAAAGCCGUCAUAAAGAGGUCAUUACUUAAUGAGGAUUUAAUUCAAGCAGAACACAAGCCCUACUGGUGUGGUGAGUAUAGAAGAAUCUGGAACGAUGUCUCCAGCUCUGAAGUUCAUCAGCGAUUACACUUAGAUGGGAAGAAAGCCCAUAUGGACAGUCAGUGUGACAAGGACUUUAGUUAUAGCUCAGACCUUCAGACAGUCCAUACAAGGGAACCACCGUACAAACAUUAUACAUGUGGUAACAGCUUCAUUCAAAUUCCGUAUCUCCAGGACCAUCAGAAAGUCCACAGUGGGCAGAAACCACAUAAGAAGUAUGAGAAUGGCUUCCGUUGGAGUUCACAACUUAAAGAUCAUCAAAGAGUCGACACUGGAGAAAAGCCAUACAAAUGCAACGCGUGUAGUAAAGGCUUCAGCCAUAAAUCCGUUCUUAAAGUUCACCAGCGAAUCCACACAGGUGAGAAACCCUAUAAAUGUGAGGAGUGCAGUAAGGAAUUCAGUCGGAGUUCAUACCUUCAAGCUCACCAGAGAAUCCACACUGGAGAAAAGCCAUAUAAAUGUGAGGAGUGUGGGAAGGGCUUCAGUCGGAAUUCGUACCUUCAGGGCCAUCAGAGAGUCCACACCGGGGAGAAACCCUACAAGUGUGAGGAGUGUGGGAAGGGCUUUAGUCGGAGUUCACACCUCCAAGGCCAUCAGAGAGUCCACACUGGGGAGAAACCGUACAAGUGUGAGGAGUGUGGGAAAGGCUUCAGCUGGAACUUUAAUCUUCAAAUUCAUCAGAGGGUUCACACAGGAGAGAAACCUUACAAGUGUGGAGAAUGUGGUAAAGGCUUCAGUAAGGCCUCAACUCUUCUGGCCCAUGAGAGAGUCCACACAGGAGAGAAGCCAUACCACUGUGACGAGUGUGGUAAGAGCUUCAGUCAGAGGUCAUACCUUCACAGUCAUCAGAGCGUCCACACUGGAGAGAGACCGUAUGUCUGUGAACUGUGUGGGAAAGGCUUCAGUCAGAGAGCGUAUCUCCAAGGUCAUCAGAGAGUCCACACAAGAGUGAAACCAUACACAUGUGAGCUGUGUGGGAAAGGCUUCAGUCAGAGUUCACGCCUUGAAGCGCAUCAGAGGGUUCAUACGGGAGGGAAACCGUACAAAUGUGAGGUGUGCGCCAAGGGCUUCAGCGAGAGUUCACGGCUUCAAGCACAUCAGAGGGUCCACACAGAGGGCAGGCCCUAUAAAUGUGAACAGUGUGGUAAGGGUUUCAGUGGAUACUCGAGCCUUCAAGCCCAUCACAGAGUCCAUACUGGGGAGAAACCAUACAAAUGUGAGUUAUGUGGAAAAAGCUUCAGUCAGAGAUCCAACCUUCAAGCCCAUCAGAGAGUCCACACGGGAGAGAAACCAUUCGAAUGUGAAGCGUGUGGUAAGGGUUUCCGUUGGAGCUCGGGUCUUCUAAUCCAUCAAAGAGUCCACAGUGAUAAACUCUAUAAAAGUGAAGAGUUCAAGAAGGAUGUUCCUUCAUCUAAGAAUCUCCAACGCAGGAAUGAAGUUCUGUAA